GGUUUCGAACCAGCAGCAAAGUCUUCGACAGGCAGCAGCGCACCUCCUCCAUGUUUUGCUGCUUUAAUCCCGAAUAAUUUCAGAAUAUGCCAGCACUGCAAGUCGCGCCUUCUUUUCUUCCAAAAAAUGCCUUUCGCAAGGUGAUGAAAUACUGAAAAUAUUAUUAAUUACCUGAAGACAAGCGGCGCGGAACACUCCGUACUGUACACAUCUCCGCAGAAAUGAAAAAGAGCCAACAUAUGGCAGAGAUGUUGGAAAAAGAACACACAAAAGCAUCCCCUUUCCAGUCCACUAUCAAAGCUGAGACUGGAAACAAUGUUGUUGCUCCCCACGCUAAUAAUUGUAGCAUUGGAAGGGAUUUCAACACAACUGUUAACAUUUACCCAGGUACACAAGUGAACCCACGACCAUUCGGCAGACGGGAGAUUUGUGCAGAUGAUCUCCAAGAAACCCAAAGGCAGCACAAAUUCAAACUGAAGAUGAAAUAUCAAAACAUAUCUGAAGGAUGUGCAAGGCGGGGCAAAUCAGUCCUUCUCAGCAGUGUUUACACAAAACUGUGCAUCACAGAAAGUGACAGUGGCAAAAUCAAUGAUGAACAUGAGGUGUGGCAAAAUCAAGCAACAUCCAGAGCAGAGGCCUCACAAGAGACAUGGAUUUCUAUCAAUAAAAUAUUUAAACAAUUACCCCAUCAACAGAAAUUCAUCAGAACUGUACUGACAAAGGGGAUUGCAGGGAUUGGAAAAACUGUUUCUGUGCAGAAGUUCAUCCUUAACUGGGUGGAAGGCAAAGCAAAUCAAGACGUGUCAUUUAUUUUUCUGUUUAGUUUUCGUGAACUCAGUGCAAUAACAAUGAAAGAAUUGAGCCUAAUGGACCUUGUUUGUUCAUUCUACCCGGAAAUUCAGUAUGUAAAACUUGAGGCUUACAAAGUUCUUUUCAUCUUUGAUGGUCUGGAUGAGUAUCAGUGUCCUUUGAAAUUCUUCAGCAAGAGAUGUGCUUCCAUUACUGAUUGCGAACCUUUGGGUGUGUUGCUUUCAAAUCUUAUUGAGCGAAAUCUGCUUCCUUCUGCUCUCCUCUGGAUAACCUCUCGACCAGCAGCCGCCAAUGACAUACCUCCUGAGUUUGUUGACCAAGUGACAGAGAUACGGGGAUUUAAUGACCAUCAGAAAGAGGAGUACUUCAAGAAGAAAUUCAGAAAGAAGGAGAACUUGGCCAACAGAAUUAUCGCUCACGUUAAGUCAUCAAGAAGCCUCCACAUCAUGUGUCACAUUCCAGUCUUUUGUUGGAUUUCAGCCGCUGUUUUUGAACAAAUGUUAACUGAAGACGACGAAGAGAUUCCCAGCACUCUAACACAAAUGUACUCUCGAUUCCUCCUCAUUCAGAUUAACAUAAAGAACAAGAAGUAUCAUGGUGACAUUGAAAGAAACAUAACAAAGGUUUUAAAACGUGACAAAGAUGUUGUUAUGAAAUUGGCAGAAUUUGCUUUUCAGCAGCUGGAAAAAGGCCGUAUCAUGUUUUGUAAGGAUGACUUCAGUGAAUGUGGUGUAGAUGUCUUCAACACUGCAUUAUACUCUGUGUUUUGCACGGAAAUAUUUAAAGAAGACGUAGCUUUUAUUGAAGAAAAAUUUUACUGCUUCGUCCACCUGACAAUUCAGGAGUAUCUUGCUGCUCUUCAUGUAUUUCAUUUGUUUGUAGGCAAAAAGAUGGAUUCACUAUUUUUUUUUUUCAAAGUAAAGCCUAGAGCUUUACAUGGGUUACACAAAUGUGCAGUGGAUAAAGCCCUUGAGUACGAAGAUGGAAGAUUUGACCUUUUUCUUCGCUUUCUUCUGGGCAUGUCACUGGACACAAAUCAACAGCUUCUGAAAGACCUUCUGCCAUCAGUAAUCAGCAGUUCUGAGAGCAUCAAGAAAACAACCCAGUACAUCAUCAAAGUACUGAAAAAGAGAGCUCUUUCUCCAGAGAGGUGCAUCAACCUCCUACAUUGCUUGGUUGAGUUGAAUGACCAUUCUCUGCUGGAAGAAAUCCAAAAGAGUAAAGAUACAGGCUCAACUAAACUUACUGAAACACAGUGCACAGCACUGAGCUAUGUGCUUACCAUGCCAGGUGAGGUAAUUGAUAUCUUUGACUUACAAAGAUGGAAGGUGUCAGAAGAGGGUCUUCGGAGACUAGCCCCAGUGAUAAAAUACAGUAGGAAGGCUUGAUCAGAUGUGAAGGAUUAACCCACAAUUCAUUAUCAUUUUUGUUUAUUUAAAUAUGCCUGAAACUGAAACCAUCUGCC